ACGAAGCGUUUUGAGUUGAGAAUAACAUGAAAUUCUGCCACCAUCUUCUUCUUGUAUUCAUGCUGUUUAGGGUUUCAGAAUUUCAGUUUUCUGUUCAUCUCUUCACUCAUGCAUAUACACUAAUUUCUCCGAGCUUUCUUUUCCGUGACUCGGGAAAUUGAAAGUCUCCGACAGCAUUGUGCCACCCGGUUAUACUGUGGUUUGCAAUUUGCAUUGAGAAUUUGAGAGGUGAGUAGCAUACACAUUGAUUGAUGUUGCAAACUUGCAGUGGCAAUGGCUUAUGUUGAUGAGGAUGCUUCUUCUGGCUCUGGAGACGAUGUGAACUUGUUGGAUGGACACAAGCGUCAGGCCGGUGUCCCGUCGGGUUCUUGCGGUGGCCGGAAGAGAGGCCGGAAAGCGACCGGGGCUGCUAUUGUGGAUGCUAUGCUGGAGAUAGCGGCUGCUUCGAAGAUGAGGGCAAGUGCAAUUGCGAAGAAUGAGGAAAGUUUCUCUAUAAGCAAGUGCAUCAAAGUAUUGGACGAGAUGCAAGAUACACCAAUCAACAUGGAUGACAUUGACCUAGAAUUGGAUGAGAUGGAACUAGUUGCUGCAGCUGCCGGAUACUAUUACUAUAGCUGUCUGACCAAACAGCCUUCCCGUGGUUUAUCACCUAGGAGAUGUGAAUUUAUGAUGGAAAUGCUCAACGGGCAUGAUGAAUUUUCUCGGGAAAUGUUGCGGAUGGACAAGCAUGUAUUUCACAAGUUGUGUGGCAUUCUCCGUCAAAGAGCUAUGUUACGUGACACUGCUGGCGUAAUGAUAGAGGAGCAGUUAGCAAUAUUUUUAAACAUCAUCGGUCACAACGAACGUAACAGGGUGAUUCAAGAGCGGUUUCAACACUCUGGUGAAACCAUUAGCCGUCACUUUAAUAAUGUAUUGAAGGCUAUUAAAUCAUUGUCACGUGAAGUUUUGCAACCUCCUCAGCUCACAACACCUCCCGAAAUUCUCAACAAUGCAAGAUUUUAUCCAUAUUUCAAGGAUUGUAUAGGAGUAAUUGAUGGUAUGAACAUUCCUGCACAUGUGCCAGCUAAAGAUCAAUCUCGAUUCCGCAAUAAGAAAGGUAUCCUAUCUCAAAAUGUGCUGGCAGCUUGCACAUUUGACCUGCAGUUUAUAUUCAUUUAUCCUGGUUGGGAAGGCUCUGUCACCGACUCGAGAGUGUUAAGGGCAGUUCUUGAUGACCCAGAUCAGAAUUUCCCUCAAAUACCUCAAGGAAAGUAUUACCUUGUUGACAAGGGAUACUUAAAUACAGGAGGGUUUAUCGCUCCUUUCCAAGGGGUCCGGUACCAGCAUUAUGAGUUUCGAGGUGCAAAUCAGUUACCAAGAAACGCAAAGGAGCUUUUCAAUCACAGGCAUUGUUUCCUGAGGAAUGCUAUCCUGAGGUCAUUCAAUGUGUUGAAAACUAGAUUCCCAAUCCUUAAACUUGCUCCUCAGUAUUCCUUUCAGAUUCAGCGGGAUAUAGUCAUAGCUGGAUGUGUUUUGCAUAACUUCAUUCGCAAUGAAGAAAGAAAUGACUGGAUAUUCAGUAGCAUUGGGGGGUCGCCGGUGGAGGAAAUGUCAGAUCUCGAUGAACUUCCUGACGUGCCGAUGCUUUCUUCAAUACAAGAACAACUUGCUUUCUCAAUGCGCGAUUCAAUUGCUGCAGCUAUGUGGGAUGACUUCUUGAAUAAAUGGGACGAAUGGUGAAAUGUUGGCUGGAGGUCAUAUGUGGGUUUGUUGCAAAGAGCCAUGUGACUUGAUCUUAACAUGGAGCUGAUGACCACCUUAACAUGUGAUCUAAUGUUUAGGUCAAAGCUCAAUAUUUGUGAGUAACAUGAAAUUUUGUAUAGGUUGUGUAUAUCUUUGUCAAAUAAUAGUUUUAUUAAAAUUGAAUUGUGAAGGUUGCUUGGUUUAGAUGCAAAUAUUUCUGUGAGGCAUAUGUACCUAGUUUGCUAUAACAGAUGCAGCAACUGUAUAAAUCCCAAUCUGAAAUUAGCACAAACCAAAAUAACUUUCACUACACAUUUCAGUAUAUUUGGUUUGGUGAUGCA